UCCAAAAUCCAAAAAAACACCCAAAUUUCCCUCCUUUCAACUCCCCACAAACUGACAUGGACCAACAAAACUCCACCACCUCCUCCACAACCCCAACGCCAACUCCAACUCCCUCCACCUCUCAACAACCACCCUCUGAACCACCAGCCCAAUCCCAACCUCAACCUCCACCUCAAUCUCAGCUUCCCCCACCUUCCUCAACAGCUCCUUCAACCCCAACCCCAAUCCCUCCGUCCCCAAACCCUAACCCUAACCCUAAACCCUCAACCCCAGUAACCCCACAACCCCAACAACCCCAACCCCAGUCUAGGCCUCCCUCCACAUUGGCUCGCCCCUGGCCGCAGUCCCACUUCGCCCACUUCCCGUCGCCUUCUUCUUCGGCUUCGUCUGGGCCUCCACCUCCGCCCUCGUCCUCAGCGCCUCCCCCGCCGAGGGGCGGCAUUGCCAUUGGUGUUCCUGCGCACCACCCUAGCCCUUCUCCUCCUCAACCCGCGCCCUUCUCGUCCUCUUAUGGCCAGCAUUUUGGUGGCCUGGGCCGGGGCGGUGCCGCUGUGCCUGAAUCCGUAUCCAAUUCCAGUGCUUCCCAGGUGAGACCGUCUGCUCAAGGAAUGCAAGGAAUGGCGAUGAUGGGUUCACUCGGUUCAAGUUCUCAAAUGCGGCCAGCUGGAGUUAGUGCACAACAUCCACAGAGACCUGUCCAAUCCUCUUUUAGACCACCAUCUACCGCAAGUAGUCAGUCCCCGUCUUCCCAAAAUUUCCAAGGACACAGCCUUUUACGAGUUUCUUCAGUAGGAACUCCUAGUACAUCACCAAAUACAUCUCAAGGUUUGCAGCCUCAUACUCAGCCAUGGUUGUCAUCUGGGUCACAAGGGAAGCCUCCUAUACCAUCCCCUUCAUAUAGGCAGCAUAUGAACUCACCAUCCAUGCAGCAAAGAUCACAUGUUCAGCAGCAACAGCACCAUCCCCUUCCUACUGCUUCACAGCAACAGCACCAUCCCCUUCCUACAGCUCCACAGCAACAACACCAUCCCUUGCCUUCAGCUUCACAGCAACAACACCAUCCCCUGCCUUCAGCUUCACAGCAACAGCACCAUCCCCUGCCUUCAGCUUCACAGCAACAGCAUACAUCACCAACGCAACAUCAACAACCUUCUUCAUCGCAUCAGGGACCCGAGCAUUUUGGGCAACACGUUCAACCAUCAAGGAUCCCACAAACAACCCCCCGUCAAAUUACAAGGGUCCAGAACCUGGCAAACCAGAAGUCUUCCUCUCCUGCAUCAGUACAGCCUAACACAGUCCAAUCAGGGCCCCAAAAUAAAACUGCUAGUGCAGAAACGGAUGAAUCUUGUAAUAGAAUUCUUAGCAAAAGAAGCAUCCAUGAGCUAGUUAACCAGAUUGAUCCAUCUGAGAAGUUAGAUCCAGAAGUUGAAGACAUUCUCAUGGAUAUUGCAGAUGAAUUUGUUGAGUCUAUUACAACAUUUAGUUGCUCACUAGCCAAGCAUCGAAAAUCAACUACGUUAGAAGCAAAAGACAUACUUCUACAUAUUGAAAAAAAUUGGAAUAUAACUCUUCCUGGGUUUGGUGGUGAUGAGAUUAAGGGCUUCAGGAAACCACUCUCAAACGAUAUUCACAAAGAGCGUCUUUCUGUUAUAAAGAAGUCCAUAGUAGCAACUGAGACAGCAAAUGCUAGGAGUUCAACUGGACAAGCCACUGGAAAUGCAAAGGGUAGUCUUGUUAAAGCACCUGCCAACGUCAUAAGCUCCCAAAACACCAAAAUGCGUGAAGUUACUUAAUGACCUUAACUGUUGUGAGCAGAUUUAUACUAAAAAGUUGGUAGGUCAGUGGCAUCACGGAGUUCUUUCGUAUGGUGCAGGUGGCCAAAUUUUGCAGUAGAAAGUCUUACGGCUGAAUCGGAGUAAUCCUAGUGGGCCAAAGUUUUCCCGGGAGGGUGGUGGUUUAAGGAACCAGAAGCCUUCCUUCGGGUUACAUCAGUGAAGUUGAAAGUAUAAGUUCCACCAAAACAAACUGAUUAAUCCUGACCCUUUUGGCUCACCAAAUCGUAUAGUUCCUUCGACCAGUUGUAUGGCAAAAAAUUUAAACGUCUGUAAAUGGGGCCAUACAUAGAAAUGUUGUUUGUGUUUUGCUUUGGCUGUAAAUGGGCAAAUCAGAGUUUUGUAUCUAUUUAUCCAUCUUUAG